AUGGCGGAUUCUUCCGACAAGGAGAAGAAGGGAAGCAAGCGAGAGGCGGUGUAUCACGGCGUUCGCAUGAGGAGCUGGGGAAAAUGGGUAUCGGAAAUUCGUGAGCCGCGUAAGAAAUCUCGGAUCUGGCUCGGUACUUUUCCGACGGCGGAGAUGGCGAUGCGAGCUCACGACGUGGCGGCGAUGAGCAUCAAAGGAACUUCCGCAAUUCUCAAUUUCCCUGAGCUCUCUGAUUUUUUGCCUCGACCCGUGUCGCUCAGCCCUCGUGACGUCAGAGCUGCGGCGAUUAAAGCUGCUCACAUGGAGUUCGAUACGACGGCGAUUAUUAGGUCGGAGACUGAGACUACGAGCGAAACGACGACGUCGAAUAAAAGGUCGGAGAGUGAGAGUAGCGAAACGGCGUCGUUUACAUCGUCUUGUUUCUCUGUAACGAGCAUUGAGGAAAGUGGUGUCUCUGAGGAUUUGGAAAAGAUCGUCGAGUUACCGAGUUUGGGAACGAGUCUUGACGAGUCGAACGAGUUCGUGUUUUUUGACUCGUUGGAGGAUUUGGUGUUUGUGCCUCCGUGGUUACGCGGUGGUGAAGAAGACUUUACGACGUCGUAUAACUAUGAUUCUCCAUUGAGCUCUGUUUUUGAAGAAAGCUUUUCUUGGAAACGUUUUCCAUGA